AUGGAGGUCCUUUUGGGAAUCACUGGGAAGGACUUCACUAUCAUUGCAGCAUCCAAGGCUGCGAUGCGGGGCGCCACCAUCCUCAAGGCAUCCGAUGACAAGACCAGAGCUCUUAACAAGCAUACACUUCUCGCAUUCUCUGGAGAGGCCGGCGACACAGUGCAAUUUGCCGAAUACAUUCAACGAAAUGCCCAGCUCUACUCGAUGCGAAACGAGUCCGAUCUUUCUCCGUCUGGCCUGGCUCACUUUGUUCGUGGAGAGCUAGCCACCAGUCUGCGAUCUCGAAAGCCCUACAAUGUCAACCUCCUCAUGGGUGGUGUUGACCCCAUCACUGGCAAGCCUUCGCUCUACUGGCUCGACUAUCUAGCGUCGCUAGCAGAUGUUCCUUAUGCUGCGCAUGGAUACGCACAAUACUACUGCCUGUCUAUCCUCGAUAAGCACCAUCACCCCGAUAUCACACUCCACCAGGGCAUCAAGAUCCUGACAAUGUGUACCGACGAGCUGAAGCGCCGGUUACCAAUCGACUUCAAGGGCAUGGUGGUAAAGGCGGUCAAGGCCGAUGGGAUUGUCGACAUAGAGUUUGAUGAUGACAAGGUUGUCAAAUGUGCUUGA